GGAAGUCUAAUCGUCUUCCUGUGUUUAUAUCGCUGGAAGCGCCUUAUGACCUGCAGAAAAGAACCGGGCCACAAUUAAUAAAUCAAAUAAUGGAUCCAUGACACAUAGCGAACAAGUAACAUUCUAAAAGAUGACAACAGUCAAGAAGAUCAAAUGUGAGCUAGAGGAAGAUCUCAAUGAUACGUGCAUCAGUGAAGGUGAUCUUGAUAUCCACAUCAAGGAAGAGCCUCAACUGCAUGAAAUCGACGAGAAACAACACGGAGAAAUAAACGACACCCUGGACUCAAACUCUGAUGGUCUGUCCUCCAGAUGUGGCUCGAGAGAUCAUGACUGUAGCUGGACUACGACAUGCAAGCAAGACCCAGAGACGAGAGUAAAAGAGGAGACCAGUGACCCAGACUGGGACACGGAGGAUUGCUGCAGCAGCGCCCAAAACGUCGACUUAAAGGAAGAAGCUUGCUCAGAAUCAUCAGACUUCUAUCCAUGUCGAUACUGUGAUGUUUCCUUCACUGACCUUGGCUUUUUAGAGAAGCAUGUCAAAUGGGUCCACCAAAAACAAUAUCGAGAAAACGUUCGAAAAAAUUGUCUUUCAUCACUAGAUCUGCCUAAACAUAUCUGUACCAUCUGCAGCAGCAGUUUCUUAUCUAAAGUGGAGCUUAGAAACCAUGUCAAGACAGCUCAUCCCUCUCCUCCUCCUCGAAGACUGUACCCAUGCCCAACCUGUGCUCGCAGUUUUCAAUAUUUGAAGAAUCUGAAAAAUCACUGCCAAAGUUGGCACGAUAUGUCUGUAACUACAAGAGAUGGGCAUCUCAGUUGUGCUGAUUGUGGGAAGAGUUUUAGGAAAACCUGGGGUCAAGGGCCCCAUUUGUGCAAUGAACCCAACAAUGAGGAAGAUGAAGAUAAGCCAAUCUGUGUGGACACUGGGGUGAAAUGUUCCAAAUGUGACAAAAUACUGGGUACACCUCAAAGCCUCGAGGUACAUAUGCGUACUCACACAGGGGCUCGACCCUAUGUCUGCAAGGACUGUGGCAAGAGGUUUGUAGAGCGUAGUGCCUGGAGUCACCACAUGAAAAUACACUCAGGGGAGAGACCCUUCAAAUGUGAGGUUUGUGAGAAGACCUUUCUACGUUCACAUCACCUUAACAACCACAUGACCACGCACACAGGCAAGAAAGAAUAUUCCUGUCCAGAAUGUGGCAAAGAAUUUGGACUAAAGGCAAGUCUAAAUCAACAUAUAAAAACUCAUUCUAAUGAGAAACCUUUUGUGUGUCCGGUGUGUUCAAAGACAUUUCGAAUGCGUAGACACCUGAGAAUUCACAGUAAAGUACACAAUACUGAGAAGGCUCAUCAGUGUGGGGACUGUGGGCUUAAGAUUGGAGAUAUCGGAGCUUUACGAAAACACCUGCGCUCACACACUGGCGAGCGGCCGUACCACUGCACUGUGUGUGGAAACCGCUUUAUUCGCCUCACACAUCUCAGAAACCACCAGCGCACUCACACGGGAGAAAGACCCUAUAAGUGCAAUGAGUGUAACAAGAGUUUUGUGCAGUCUGGAGACCUUGUGAAGCACAAGAGAAUUCACUCAGGAGAGAAGCCCUUUGAAUGCCCAGAGUGCCAUCGUUGUUACACUUCCUCUGGUGACUUGGGCAAGCACCGCAGGAUUCACUCUGACCUGCGCCCCUACACAUGUGAAGAAUGCGGGAAGACGUUUCGUUUGUCAGGCCAUCUGAAAGCCCACACAAGGACUCACACUGGAGAAAAACCUUACGUCUGCCCCAUCUGCCACCGCAGGUUUGCUCGUUCUCAUCACCUCUCUGGGCACAUGGCAAAGUGUUAUUGAACGUGGAGAUCAGAAGUACUCAAAUGCAGGUCAUGUAAACUAUGCUGCAUUAUAUUGUUUUUUGCAUUCAUAACUAUGUAGUGAGCAUUUAUUUUAACCUAUAUGAAGUUCAGAGCUAAUGAUGCAUAUCAAAUAUACAAUAAAACUUGUAGAUGUGUAGAGUACAAGACAUGUGUCCAACAGACCAGGGUUUACUUUGAAUGACACAACAUUAAGUUCAGUUUCUGUUGAACAUGUCAUGCUAUCAAUAAAAUUUAAGAGAUCAAAAUCCCAAA